AUGCGGCAGUAUAUCAGUUCCCCUAACGGUCCACAGUCCCCAGACACUCAACCACCACCAUUAUCAUCCCAACAAGAAGGAAAAGAUAAAGAGAUGUUAACAAGUAAUAAAUCCCCAACACCGAGUGAGAAAGGAGAGGGAAUGGCAUUUGUGUCUGUGCGAAAGAAACCACGUCGUACUGAAAAGCUUGUUGUUGUAAACAGUGGGGCAUACAUACUUGGAGAAGAGAAUGGCUAUUAUACUUGCAGUAAUACCGAGAAUAAGAAGAGUAUCAAAGAUAAUAGUAAUAAUAAUAGUAACAAUAAUAAUAAUAACAAUAAUAAUAAUAAUAACAAUUGUAGGAGUAACGUUGAGGCAUCACCAGUUGUGAUAGGUCCCACAUCAUUGCCUUCACUAAACAUUGGAGUCAAAACAACAAUAACAACAAAUCAGUAUAAUAAUAAUAAUAAUAAUAAUAAUAAUAAUAAUAAUAAUAAUAAUAAUACUAAUAAUAAUAAUAAUACUAUUAAUACGACUUCUUCAGGUGGUGUUGGAGUGGAGGAGAUAUCAUUGGCAAUACAGUCGCCGUCUGUUCUCACCGCGCAGGAAAUGCAAUCGCCCAAAGUGUCUACACUCUCUCUUAUUUGCGGUGUAAAUGAUGGAAGUGUUGUCUGGGCAGGAGGAAGACGUCGACAACAACAACGACAACAACAACAACUUCUUCUUCAUCAUAAAUAUCAACAGCUAUCUCAAUCCUCUCUAAAGGAAAAAGAAAAGAAAGAAAAAAAAGAAAAAGAGAAAUCCUUACCUGGGGCUAUGAAGGGCCAUACAGUGUAUGUGAAUCCACUGGCUAUUUCAGGCGAGGGAAAUACAUCUCUGCAGACGGAGAUAUUCCACAAAGAUGUGUACCCCACACAACCAACAAGAGCAAUAUUAACAACAACAACAACAAGUAUAAAAGUCCCACAACCCCCAUCACCACCGAAUGGCCCAUUACGUCAAAGCAGUCACUUUCGACACCAGAAACAUAAUAAUAAUAAUAAUAAUAAUAAUAAUAAUAAUAAUAAUAAUAAUAAUAAUAAUAAUAAUAAUAAUAAUAAUAAUACUGGGGUUAGCACAAGUAGAGCGACUCCCGCAAUGGGUGAAUCUAUCUCCUCUUCCCAUUCUCGAUUGGCAGCUUAUUAUAUGGAGCCACCCCCACCGCCGGGUUGGCAGCACUACAGAGGAAUGAAAGGCACAACAGUGUACAAGCAGGCAUUUCAAUUAGCACAAGCAACAGCAUUAGCAUACAUUAUGCAAGUACACGGAUCUGAAUUGAAUACAGUACCAACAACAACCACUAUAAGAAAAAAAGAAGAAAAGAAAUAG